UAAAGUAAUAACUAUAAACAUAAUUCGAAAGAAAAUUUGGUAAAUGUCUUUGGUAAAAAAACUCCCCAUGUAUAAAGGAUAGACGUUUACCAAUGCUUUAUAUUAAUUGUAGAAAUAAGUAAAUGUAAACCGUAUGUGGAAUGAUCAUCAUUAAAGUCACUGGUAUGAGUAGCUCUGAAUGAAAUGGUUGGGAUCUUAUCGGAGCUGUCGACCCUACCUGUAGGAGAAAAAACUCCAGAGGAACCGAUGUUGUAUGUUUGACACUUCACGAGACUGUAAUCAGGAAUUAGAGAAAAAAGAUAAAGGAAAGAAUAUAAAGAAAAAGAAAAAUAUUAUAGAUAAGCAUAAAGAAGUUAAAGCUCAAUUUACACAUCCAUGGCUAAUAACAACAUUAAAAGGCCACAGUGGGAAUAUCCUUGAUAUGGACUAUAGUAAUAAUGGAAAGUAUCUAAUAUCUUGUGAUGAAGAAAGAACUGUAAUGUUAUGGAACACAAAAACAUUGAGUCAGAAAAAUAAUGUGAAAAAUCAAAAAGAUAUUAAAUCAGUCAGAAUUAAUAUCGAGUAUGAUCAUGCAACUCAAGUGAAGUGGAGUCCUGACGGAAAAGCUUUUAUUAUUUGUCAAGCCAAUGGAAAUGCCAUUCAAGUCUAUCGUCUCAGUAAGAGAGAUGAUGGAAUGUUAGGCAAUGCUGAACCCAUCAUUGUAUUUCCAAAAAAACACAAAUCAGACAUUAUUAACAUUGGAAUCGCCUGCACUGGCCAGUAUAUGAUGAGCUGUUCCAAAGAUACUACCAUCAUAAUAUGGGAUUUAAAAGGAGAGGUCUUAGCUACAAUUGAUACCCUUCACAUAAAUAACUAUUAUGCUUGUGUGUCAUAUUGUGGAAGAUUUGUGGCUUCAUCAGGCUUUACUCCUGAUGUUAAAGUUUGGGAUGUAUGUUUUAACAAAUCUGGAGAAUUUAAAGAGGUGAGACGAGCAUUUGAAUUAAAAGGACAUUCUUCUGGGGUCUACUGUUUUUCAUUUUCCAAUGAUUCAACAAGAAUGGCUUCUGUAUCCAAAGAUGGUACAUGGAAGAUUUGGGACACAAACAUUGAGUAUCAAAAAGGUCAGGAGCCAUACCUUCUAAAAACAGGAAAUUUUGACCACCGCGGACCUUGUCUCGUGGCUCUCUCGCCGGAUGGUAGGACGGUGGCUCUGGCAAUGCUCUCGACAGUCACAAUAUAUUCCGGUGUGACUGGAGAAAAACAGAGCCUUCUGGAGAAUAUACACGAAGAACCGAUUGCCGCCCUUCACUUUUCUGCAGACAAUCAGUACCUGUCAGCCGCCGCGGGCAAACACGUCCGGAUAUUUUAUAACGUUCUCGGAUACAAGAAUGCGAUAGAAGAUCUGGAGAUAAAAAAGAUAAGUGCCACCGGCCAGGCCAUCAGGGAACGACUACAGUCCCAAAUCGAUGAUGCAAAAAAAAAUUUGGAAUCUGUAGAAGGACUACUGAAAAGGUAAUCUGUCUGGUCAAAGACGAGUGCCAUCUCCCAUGCCUUAAAAUUUUUACCACAAUACAAAGUGCCGUCGUGCGUUACUUUUGUACAGUCGGAAUACUAAUAAAGUCAUUCUGACUUUUUGUUAUAAUUUGGAAAGAUUUCUCAAGUGCAAUAAAAUACCAACUCGUCGCUCUGUUAAAUUUAA